CACUCUAUUUCCGCUGCAGCAGCGAGAACGGGGCACGUCAAAAAAGAAAGAAAAAUGUGGAGAAGACAAACUGAGGCGAGGGAAGGAACAUACAACUACAUCUAGUAUCUUUGAUGAUUCAUUUACCAGGCAGUUGUUAUUAUUAUUUAAAAUCCCAAGACGAAUAUCUGUCAGUUUAAGGGUCGUUUCGAGGUUAACUUGCCCCCCCUUCUUGUUCGGUGGUGGUUCGCUUUGAGGAAGCAGCUCGGCUAGCCGCAGCUGAAUUAGCUCGCUAAGGAGAGAUGGGGACGAGAGCAAGUCGCCUCCAGGAAGACCCGGUUCCCCCUGCUUUCGGGAAAGAUGGCACGAAGCGGGAUUCCUACCGACGACCCCGCUGCACCAGGCCCACCAGUCUCAUGGUCGACUUCUCCGGGAGCUUCGAGGAAACCGAGGCCAACCGUAGUCGAUCGGAGGAGGGCAGCGACUCGGACCAGCAUGGGGCCAGCGCCGACGGUAGCCCCGCCGACCUCCACAGCAGCAUCCCCUCCAGUGUGAGCCCGGUGGAGGACAACAACAGCGAGGGGAAACCCGAGGAAGACGGGGAUAUAAGCCCGGAGCCCGCCGUGGUCGCUGAACAUCAGUCCGGAGAGGAGACAGGCCGCACGCCCCACCGCACUUUUUCCGAGCGGCUGCCCGGGAAUAGGCACUCUUCCGGCCGCAGUGUGGGAGCAAGAUCCGCCCGGGUCAGAGGCACACACCAGCGGCCGGUGUCAGAGGCGUGGAUCGGCCUGUACCGUGUUAACAACCGCCAUGGCAAUAUCCGCUGUCCUUUCUGCUCCAAGCCCUUCCCUGGGGGUCGGAUCGAGGAUCACCUGUUGAGCUGCCUCACGUCUCCUCCCCUACCAUACAAUACGGAUGUGCUCAGUAAAGACAGCGGCGAGUGCUCCAUAUGUUUGGAGGAUCUGGUUCAGGGAGAGACCAUCGCCAGGCUGGCCUGCCUCUGCGUCUACCAUAAGAGCUGCAUUGAUUCCUGGUCCAAGGUGAAACCCUGCUGCCCUGAACACCCCUUCGAUUGACUCCCGGGUCACAUGUUUUCUGCACAGUGACCAACCCGACUCAGGAGACUACACUGAAUCCCCAACAAAUCCCAAUCAAAAUGUGUAAUCGGACAAAUUAAUAAGCCCACUGUCCUUCUCCCAUGCAAACUCAAAUUUGAUUGGAGAACAGACCAUCCCAAGAAGAAGCUCCAGUUAGUGAAACCCCGGCGCCCUCUCCGUCUGGAUCGGUCCAUUUUGAACUUGGUCUGGGCCAUUUCGAUGUUGCGCCGUCUAAUCUCCGGUCGAGGUCCUUGUUGGAAUACAAAUGGAGGAGUUUCCCGUUCUAUUUUUAAAGACUUCAACGGAGCUUAUAUAUAAAUAUAUUAAAAGAACUCAGAUAAACAUUAUCAUCCCAGAACGAUGGAAAUUGCCCCCCGGCGCGAUCUCGAACUUUGGGGAGGAACACAAAAGAUUUGACAGUGGAUUCUCUCCCGUGUAUUUUUCUCUCCCUCCAAACGGGAUUGGUCAUUUUUAUCGAGUAUUUUGCAAAAAGAGUAUUGUUCCAUGUCAUACAUCGGAUGAAUGUUUUUCUUUCCUCGGGCUAACCCCAAAUGAACCAACCUCCCACCGAAAGCGUGAACCGUUACCGAGUAAACGUUGCUUUAUUUUGAACCAGCUGGAGGUCGAGGGCUUGAGUUUUGGUGAACGGGUGCUGCCGUUAAUAGGUGUAUUCUUUUUUACUAUUACCUUUUAAACAUUUCAGGGGAAGUCUGGGGGCAAGUUGUUUUUCUAAGUAGGUCAGUUUUUUCGUAUGUGGUUGGUCAGCGCCGAGUUGAACGUGCUGCUACUUGCUGAGUGUUAUGGAAAAGGUUGUAGUUAUUUCAUAGGGUCAUAGUAGCGCUGGUGUUGGCACCAAUUUGAGCACUUUUGUCCUUAAAGGCUGAUAAUUUUUUUCACAUAAGGUGUGUGUGUGUGUGUGUGUGUGUGUGUGUGUGUGUGUGUGUGUGUGUGUGUGUGUGUGUGUGUGUGUGUGUGUGUGUGUGUGUGUGUGUGUGUGUGUGUGUGUGUGUGUGUGUGUGUGUGUGUGUGUGUGUGUGUGUGUGUGUGUGUGUGUGUGUGUGUGUGUGUACUGUAAAUUACCUAAAAGUAUGCUUGGUCAAGCGGGUUACCCUUUUUAUUUUUGAAUGCUAAUUUUGUAUUACAAUCAAGCUGGCCAACAUCCCGUUACACGGUGGCACCGGUACGCAACGUGUCUCGUGUGGUCCCAUUGUACUUUGACUGCGGUUUGUGUUUUUUUUUCCUCCCGCUCUUCUUCCUCCUCAUUCGCAACCACUCUCUGUCUGGAUUUUUGGAUCAGACCCCAAGCGACGGUUCGCCAUCUGGUUACUUUCAUGCCAGGAAUAAAGAGGACGGAUGGAUUGAGGGAUGUAUUUUUGGGCCAUGUUUACACCAUGUGGCAUCUGCCUCUCUCCCCAACACUGGAGGCUAUGGACAGCUGAUGGUAAAUUAUUACAUAACUACCCCCCCCCCCCAACCCCCUAUCUUUUUAAAGGAUUUUAAGAUAUUAUAUCAUCACAUAAUUAUUGCUACAAGUGUUAAAUGGCUUACCUUUGCAUUUUGUGUGUGUGCUGAUUGCCUUUGCCUGGUGAAGGGUUUAUUUGUGCAAGCAGGUAUUUGUGGUGUUUCUGAGGGCUGAAAUAAAGCCCCCACAGUAAAGGCUGCUCAACAGAUGCUGUGUAACAAUGGGACGAAAACACACAACAUGAAUCGAUUGCUUUGCUUGCCUGAACCACGAGUUUUAAAUCGCUGCUCAAAAGUGGUAUGGAUCAGUUUAGAGGUCAGCCCAGUGCACAGGUUUCCUACUGGCUAGUUUGUUCACCCCAGCCUCUCUUUUUUUUCAAAUUUUAUUUUCCAGUGUUCUGCAGUCUGAGGUGCUACAACUCGUCCGGCCACUAGAGGGCAGCCCUCCUCACUUUUUGUAAUGGAGAACAGAAGGAAAAUCAUGCCAAAAGUCUGUCUGUAUUUGGGGGCAUUGUGUGAGAGAGUGUUGAAGACGAGGUGCGUUGAUCCUUAGACGUUACUUUUGUUGUGGUGACAAGUUAUGAUGUUGUAUACUUUGGCUGGGAGGGGUGCGUGUGUGUUUGUGUUUGCAGGAGUUUGGUGGUGGUGUUUGGGUUGUUGACAAAGAUAAAAAGACAAUCUGAAAACCCCACUCAUUUACUUUCUUACCCCCUCUAAGCUGUGUGGUUCAAUACCUCAAUCUUUACCAAUGCUAACUAAAUGUUGUGUGUGUUUUUAAAAUAGCUCCAACAAAGGACGGUCUUUUGUAUAAAUGUCCCUGAAUCGUUUGGUUUUAAAUCACAGGGCAAUAAUCCCCUGUGCUUUGAGGUUGAUGUAUUAGCCACAGCGGCAACUGCACCCCCAAGAUAUGGACAAUCUGCCUUUUACUCUGAUAUAACGAAACAAAUUGAAUUCUAUUUAUUAAAUUGUAAAUAUGUAAUGCAAUUCAAGAAAAUGGCUUGGUCUUUGUCUGUUCAAUAUACUGUUUCUAAGCUCCAAUCUUUUGUAUGUCUCAGAAAUUGUUUUUAUAUGUAUUUUUUACAAUAAAUAUGUGUGAGAGAUG